CGCUCAGACAUUGCGUUGCAUUUCGUGUGACUUUUAGUCGAGAAACCCGCCCCCCCGCUCCCGAUUUAUUCUUAUUGCAAACCAAGCCAGAUCGAGCGAGUCAAGCAUCAUCGCUGCUUUGGCUUGCGUCUGAGUUGGCUUGGCUUGGCUUGCAUGGAGUCGAGCACGGCGAUCGAGACUGGGGCGGCGACGCUCUUGCAAGCCCCAGGAGUCCCAGGAGUCCCAGGAGUCUCAGGAGGGGCAGCGGGCUGCCUCCAACAAUCAUCGGGAUCGACUCGCUCAAGGAACGGGCCAACGGACGCGCUCAGUGCGGGAGCGGUGCCAUCGCGUGGUCGGAGCAAUCCGGUCAUCAACUCGAUCACCAAUGAGGACCGCAAGUCAAGCACGAAGACAAUUCAUCAGCAUGGUCCUCGCAAUAUAGUGCGCGACUGUCUUCUUCCGGCAAUGUUUGAGCGCCACUGCACGUUGCUCGAGUAUCUCAACGAGCUGGUCGCUGUGCAACAGCAGGCUCAACUGAGCGCUGCAAAUUCGACCACGGCGCCAAGCAGCUCUGCCUUUUCAAGCUUUCGGCGUCCACGCGCACUUCCCCAGCCGCUUCGAGCGGACGAUCCUCAAGAGUACCAGCACCUGCUGACCACAACACUAGUGGCAUUCUCUCCAGGUGUGCCGAUUUCGCCAUUCAAGCGCGGGGCCGACUUUUCGCAGUCCUGCACACAAGAAGAACUUUUGAACCGCCUACUCGAGUUGCUCUUCCGCGAACAUCAGCCCAGUCACGUCCUCGCUCCUGGCUACCGAAAGAUGCGAAACAAUGACAAGGUUCUCGGCACGGUCAACAGCUUGUACGGCGUUGAAAACUACUUUCCAAACACCACAUUAAACUACCUCAAGACAUUGCCGUGGGAGUUGUUGCUUGCUCGGAUGGGCGAUUCCGUCGUGCUGCAUCUGCUGUUAAGUGCAUCCGUGUUCGUCAGAUUGAACAACGGCUGCUACAUGCAAGUUUCAGGUGCUCCGGCCGACGAUGCAACUCCUUCACAACCUGCGCGCUCAAAGCAACCAAAGCAGAAUAUGAUGGCGAAUAAACCUGCUAGAAAGCAGCCAAAGUCCUCGUCAUCCUGGCACGUCGUCCCGGUGUCCGAUUCAACGGAACGCACGAGCGCACCGUCAACUUCGAACAUGCCGUUUGAUGUAACGGACGUUUCCGACGACAAGGCCGAUCAGCCGCCUGCCAAUCCGGUUGCAAGUUAUGCGACUACAUAUUUGCCUCGAUCUCGCAUCUUCUACUCGCUAGUGAAGGCCACCAGAUUUCCGAAAUCACACUGUCUCAAUAGGUUUGAACCUUCAACUAGGAGUGCCGAGCAGCUCGUCAUGCGAAUUUUACAUCCUGCGAGCGAGCCCGCUGGAAAAGCAAACCAAACCCCAAUCAAGUCAAAGCAUCAGCGCGUUCCUUCUCGCCUCGCUCCUCUUGUCUCGUUUGUUGCCAAGAUUCUCCAUGCACAUCGGCGCUUGUCGUAUGGAGCCAUGCUCCAGCGACUGUGUCCUGUGCCCGAGCACGUUCAGCUGAUUCCAGCCAAAUCAAGUCAUCCAUCCUCGAGUCAAGCGACGACGACGCAGAGUUCCAAUCCCCGUCCCCACUAUCGGGAAUUAAUCAACAGCUUUUCCACUUAUGCUCAGGUCUCGGCCUACCUCGAGGCAGUCACGAGCACCCUUCUUCCCAAAAAUGCCUGGGGUUCUGCUGCGAACGAGGCCAAGUUUCGAAGCCAUCUGGCAUUGUUUGUGCGACUCCGGCGCUUUGACAAGAUUGCCUUGCAAACCAUGCUGGAUGGGAUUCAAGUUUCUGCCAUUCCGUGGCUCGCCCCACCGAAUCAACUGGCCAAGUCCCCAGUCGGCCCAUUUCAUUGUUCAGGCCCUACCGAUCUUGCCAAGCGGACUGGCAUGCUGGCGUCUGUCAUUCAGUGGUUGUUUGAUGACAUUUUGAUCCCGCUGAUACGAAUGCACUUUUAUGUGACGGAAAGCGGUCCUCAUCGCAAUCGCAUCUUCUACUAUCGCCAAGCGGUUUGGCGCAGCAUUACCAAGCUCUCGAUGCAACCCUUGCUCAGUUCCAUGUUACAGCAUGUCCCCAAAAAAGAAGCCAAGUCCAUUCUGUCCAAGCGGAUGUUUGGCUUCUCCUAUCUGCGACUUUUGCCAAAAGCGAAAGGUGUUCGACCAAUUAUCAACAUGGGGCGUAAGCCAUCAGCUGCGGAAGUGUCACAAUACCUGAUGCGCGGUCACCCGGGCAAGCCUCGGCUGUCCAUUAACGUGCGUUUGCAAAACCUGUUCCAUGUGCUGACAUUCGAGAAGAAUCGGAAUCCCGCUCCCCUUGGAGCGUCGCUGUUUGGAAUUGACGAUAUUUAUCCGCGACUUUUGCCUUUCGUCAACCAUUGGAUUGGCCAGGGUCGACAAUCUGAAAUCUACUUUGUCAGUUUGGAUAUUCAAAGCGCGUUCGAUACUGUCAACCACGACAAGUUGCUGGCCGUCAUGGACGGUGUCUUGCAAGAAGACGAGUACAUGAUGCGGCGAUUCGUAUCCGUCGUUUCUGCAGGCGACAAACCUCGACGUCGUUACAACCGACGGGUUUGCGUUGCCGGCGAUUUUGCACAGUUCUCCGAGUUUGCCAGUUCAGUAUCGAAGGAUGAAAUGAAGAACGCGCUGCUGAUCGAUCAAGUCGUGUAUCCCUUUCAAGAAAAGCAAGAGCUGCUUGACAUGUUGCAGGAUGUUGUUCGGAACAACAUUAUUCGUAUCGGAAAGCGAUUUUAUCGUCAGCGAGCUGGAAUUUCUCAGGGGUCGCUUCUCUCUACGCUUCUUUGCAGCUACUAUUACGGGCAUAUUGAGUCGCAGAUAUUGCCACCGUUGCCAGCCGACAAAGGAGUUCUUCUUCGCUUUGUAGACGACUUUCUGCUGGUCACAACGGAUUACGAAUAUGCAGUCAGCUUUAUUACUGCCAUGUACACAAAGCUCAGCGAGUAUGGAGCUGCCAUCAACCCAGACAAGACCCUCAUCAACUUUCCCUUUGCUGUUGCCGGCGUGCAAUUGCCUCAAGCGGAGCGAGAUCAAUUUCCCUGGUGUGGAUUCUUGUUGAAUACAAAGACCUUGUCUAUUUCCGCGGACUACUCCCGUUAUUCCGGGGUUUAUUUGAACGAAAGCUUGACUGUCGAUGUUUCAAGACAUCCCGGCCGAUCUUUGCGCCAUAAAAUGAUUCAGUCUCUCAAGCCCAAGUGCCACGCCAUGCUGUUGGACUGCCGACUCAACACACUGUUAGACGUGCAAGUGAACGUCUAUCAAAUCUUCUUGUUGAGUGCCAUCAAGUUCCACUGCAUUGUUCGAGAGCUUCCUGCCUCCCGCCGCGUUCAAGGCAAUCCCGCCUUUUUCAUUGAGCUUGUCCUCGAGUCCAUCUCGUUUUUCUACUCGUUGAUACAAACGAAAACCCAAGGAGUGGCGCUUCCCGUUCAGUGCUCGUUGACUCGCCGCCAAGUGAUGUGGAUCGGCUGUCACGCGUUCAUCACCAUCUUGGAGAGGAAGCAGACUGAUUAUGCACCAUUGCUACGUGGCCUAACCAAGCUGCAGCAGAGUUUUGGAAAGGGCGUCGAGCAUUCAUGCGUUGCUGCGACCCAUCGUUCGCGGUCUGAGAUUCUUUUUGCCGUUGCAGAGUUCAACUAACAGACAGACCGAUCCUUCAUAAAUAAGCUAUUCCUAUUGUCAUGGAUAAAAGUCUUCGUUCUU